GGUAAACGCGAGAGAGGCGGUAAACGGCGGUCGCGAUCCUCCUCUCGAUAGCACGGAAUCGGAUCGCGCGCGAUUCGCACUUUGAUUCACGCGCGAGAAGCCGCAAGCGAGCGCACGCCCGUAUCUCGUAUAUAUCGAUUGGCACUACACGCGUCUGGUUUAAUUCAUUCGAUCUCUCGUGGUGAUUUCCUGUGGAUAUUCGCUCGAAAGCGUAUCCGUACCGGAGACUCGCAUACAAAAUUAGCGGAUAAAUGACCUCAUGGUCUGCCACAAUGCCGUCGGUGCUACUAAUAAAUUGUAUUCUAACAACGUGGUGGUUCGUCGCCACAGAUGCGAUUACCGUAUCGAUAGAUCGCGCUGACGUUAACGCCCCAUCGACACGAUCGUCGAUGAUCGCAAACGGAUGGCGGCCCCUGACCACUUCCUACGAGGAAACGAUCGGCACGAACGUGUCGCCGUCGAGUCAUCUGGAGAAAAACGUUCAGGUGCAUCCGGUUCUGAGCAAGUUCCAGGAGCACAUGGCGGCCUCGGAGAAACUUAAACCGCCGCGAAAGGGCAAACCGCCGAUUCACGAGUACAGUCCGCCGAGCAUACUCGGCAGUUUUUCGGUGUUCGGUCACGCGGCGACGAAGGCGCGCGGCGAAACCAAGACGUCGAGCAAGCACGUGGCCACGGAGACCAGAGAGUACACGUUUCUGAUACCGCCUCCGAAGGACGCGUAUCGCUUCGAGCUGAACCAACAUCGAAAACCGAUCUUGCGCGACAGCGGCAGUUUUCUCAGACAACCGCAAUACGCCCCGGCGCACGAGGACAUCAUUCAGCAGCCGUCGGACUCGGUGCGAGCGGGAACUUACUUCAUCAAGAACUACGCGUCCAGCACGAAUCGUCCGUACGUGCCGCCGUUCGCGAUGCCGCAGUCUCUGCAACCCCCGCGCCAUCAGGCGAAGCCGUUCGAGUCGCUGAAGGUGUCGAACAACAACGCGAAACCGUACUUCCAGCCGCCGGGCGCCCAAGUUCCGGGCGAUUUCGGCAAGCAGAGGAUCGGCAACGACGCCUACACCGACCGAUACCAGCAGCCGCAGUCGCACAGCGCCCAGAUCCUGAACUCGGCGAACAGCGGGAACUUCUACAGCCAGGUGAAUCAUCCGGGUCACUUCAAGUCCACUUACGAGAGAGAUCCCGCAUUCCUCGUGCACGAGAGUCACGAGAUCAGCUACGUGACGCCGUCCGAUACGUACAACUCGUACAACUUCCGACCCUCGUUGCCGUACGAGACCCUAUUGCCGCCCGCGGUCUACACGUCCUCGUCGACGCUGCCACCCACCACCGCGGUCACGCGCAAUCCCAACAAAUAUGAUCAGAACGACGCUAUUGUGGAAGACUACAAUAAGCGUCCGGAUCCGAGCACUCGGAACAAACAACAGGAAAAAGGCGCUCGCACGGAAACGCCCAAUUCCAGAACGACGAGUACUUACUACGUGUCGGAGCAUCAGGAUCUGACGCCGCCCACGUGGCCCAAGAGCAAAUACACUUCCGACAUCAACGAGGUGCUGCCGCGUGAGAAUCCGCCGAGCAAAUUCAACCAGGACGUCGCGAAUCAAAAUCAGAUCACGCAGGUGCCGAAGAUCGGCUACCACAGACCGCAGAAUACCUUCGAGCCCGUUGAGGUUUACCAGCAACCGACGGCGAUACCGGAUUACGAAACGCCCGAGACUAUCUCGUUGAAACAUUUCAACGAGCAACAGUUUCUGCUUCAGCAACAGUUGCUGCAGCGCGAUCGCGAGAGACUGGCGGAGCAGGAACGUCAGCAGAAACUGGAGAUCGAGCAGCAGCAGCAGGAGGAGCUGAAGAAACGACAGGAAGAGCUGAAUCAGCUUCUGCAGCAGGAGAAGGAGGAAGAAGAGGCGGCCAGACUGGCCGCGGAAUCCGCGAAGAAUCAGUCACAGGAACUCGUCAAGAUCUCGGGCGAGAUGCCGUACACGAUUCAACUGGCGCAGUUCGAGCCGCAAGUCACCACGGCUGUUGACGUCCCGGUGUCGCAGCCGGAUAUUUACAACCUCGAGCAACUGAGACUCCAACCUCAGAUACCUCAGAACCCGGAGGACCACGUGAACCACAAUUAUCAAUACCAGCAAAACUACCAGAACGAGUACCAGGAGCAACAGGUCGAUUAUCGCGAGCCGCAAAUCGAGACGAGACCGUAUCGUCCGCAGAAAUCGUCUUCGCGUGAUCCGCAACGUCGCAAGAAACCCACGACCGUCGCGUACGCCGACGUUUCGCCGACGGAACCGCCGAGUCAGUCGCCGGAGACGUCCGUUCCGUCCUCGUUCGGUCUUUACUCGGAGGAAGUGCCGAUUCAGACGACGGUGGCGCCGGAGACGCAAACUCUGCCGGCGACGCAGAAACCCAGAACUCGUCGUCCGGGCGCGCCGGGUCGACGAAGAAAGCCGACGACGACGACGACGACGACAACGACCACGCAGGAGCCGCCCGUCACAGAGUCCCACGGCGUUGAAGACUUGGACUUCCUCAAAUACAACCGGGAGGAAGCGCACAGUCAAUACGACUCGCGAAGAAGACGAGUAAAACCCACUCAGGCGAGCUACAACGACAACGCGGAGAAGCGAGGAAACAGAAAACGACCCGGUCAUCGAACCCGAGUGAGCCACGAGGAGCCCUUCGACACGCAGGUCGUCACGGAGAACGCGCACAUCUCGCAAAACUUCCAGACGACGGAGUCCGCGCCGAGUUACGUUGAGGAGCAGAACAACCAGUUCGCGACAAAUCAGCCGAGCGUGUACGGGACGAGUCACGUGAGGGAGCAGUACCCGACGAGCGAGCCGUUUAAUCAGUAUUAUGAUUAUUCGUCGCAGCAGAACGAGGAACAUCGCGAGAAUCACGAGGAGAACGGCACCGUGGCGCCGGUUCAAGCGGAAUACUUGACCGAAAUCAGCCGUGACAAGAUCGAGGACUACAGCGUGGUCGAUACUCGUCAGCAGAACGCCAAUGUUGUCACCGGCAUACCGCUCGAGGACCUGUACGUGAAAACCGACGGGAAUUACUACGAUCGCGCGACCACAACAGCGCCGACGACCACGACUACAACGACAACAACCACCACACCGUCACCUACUACGGAGGCCGUCGCUCAGGUUAUCUCCUCCACGUUGCGAUCCCACAAGAUCGGCCGCCCGUUGAGAUACGGCAACGCCACGAGACCGCGCUUCAGCGUCAAGGAUUACAAGAGUCGAUUGGAUUACAAGAGCAGAUUAUCUCAAGCCUCGACAACGGAGUCCGCGCCAACGAACUCCGGCGAAACAUCGACGCGAAAUCCCCAUCCCAAACAGAGAGGCUCGUCGAGCGCGAAGAAUCAACAGCAACAGAUCCAAUCGGGCGAUAACGUGAGAGAGACCACGGGUAGGUACAAGUACGUCUCCAGAGUGAACUAUCGAACCACCACGUCGUCACCUGUCGCCAGGGAUCACGAACGAAUCUCGGACGAAAGCGCGUCCUCGACGACCGAGAAGAGCAACAGGUUCGUGCCGAAGAGACGACCGAUCAGCAGCAACGUCUAUCGAAGCAGAAUCACGUCCACCACGGCCAGUUCAGUUCGAUCUCAAGCUAACGGCGACGCGCGGGGUUCGGCGCAGGGCUCGGCCCAGGUUAACGCCAGGCAGAGCUCGACGCGGCCGGAAAACGUGUACUCGUCGACGAUACGGAGACGACCGGUUAUGAAGAGCAGACUGUCGCACAAGGAGGUGUCCACGGCGUAUCCGGACAGCAAGCGGCAGGAAGAGCCUACGGAAAUGGCCGCCGAGGAAACCAGUUUCUACUCGGCCAUGACGACCGCCGCCUCGUCGACCGUUCGUCUAGUGGGCAACGAGAUCGUCAACGAGAAAGGGGAGACGAACGACCUUCCCGUGAAACUCGGCGCGCAAGAGAGCAAAAACGAGAACUCGAUGGAGAAAAUUGCUUCUCGAGAAAACGAGGAGAAGAUCGAAACGGCGCCGAUCGAUGCGACGACCGCUGCGGUCGAUAGCUCCGAUCGCGAGCUCAUCUCCAACGACGCGCUCGCGCAUCGAGUCGAGAAGCUCCCGGAAGUUCCCCGCGAAGAAACUAAGACGGCGAACGCGUCCCGUGAGAAAGAUCCGGAAGCCGCGACGGAGACGGUGACGAAGUUCGAGUUGCCUUCCGACGAGGAGGAACUGCUUGCCAAGCAGUCGCAGAGCGUGGCGGAUCUGACGAGUUCCGCAUCCGCGCUCUACGACAAGCCCGGUAUGUUCAAGGCGGUCUCGCCGGAGAGCAGGAUCGUUUCCUCGCACUUCAAGAUCAGCACGGACGAGCCGACGUUGCCCAUCGAGGCCUUCUUCGAGGAACUGUCGAAGAAGAAUUGACGACGCGGAGCGUCGAACUCCGAAAGGAGGAGGCGGAAGGAGGAAGGGAGGCAGAUUGUUGCAGAGAAUCUCACGCGAUCGAUAAUUCCAACUUACACGAGCAAUGCAAAGAUCGCGAGGAGAAACUGUGAGAAUUUCCGUUCGAGAAAUGUGUGAAAACGCGAAACAUUCAAGAUAUUUCCGACGAUAUGCAAUAUUUCGCGUAGGAAUCUAUGUUUGAAAUGAAAAAAAAAAAAAAAAAAAAAAAAAAAAAAACAGAAAAAAAAUCACAAAACAAAAUUACAUUCAAAAAGACGACGGGCUUUCUCGAAACGUCGCAUUGCCGUUCUCGUUCAACGUUGAAUAAAAAAAAAAAAAAAAGAGAAAACAUUUCGAGAGAACAAGAAGUAGAGACGUGCAUAUUACGUAUUUUACGUAUACCGCAGUAAUUUUACAAAGUACUUAUUUCUAAAUUAUCGUCACAUCGCAUCCACGCGAUCAUCAUUUCACGAGCGUAUUCCGCUCGCUCGAUGUAGAUAUAUUUAUAAUUAGAGAGAGAGAGAGAGAGAGAGAGAGAGAGAGAGAAAGAGAGAAAAGAUUUUAACAAUGUUUGAUUUUUAUUUUAUUUUAGAGUCGUUAUACCAAAAACGCCGAGUCUACGGAAAAAGCGUUGCUGCUCGAUGAAACUGUUGGGAAAAGCAGUCACGUUUUUUCUCGUACUCACGAAAGAAGCUCGGCAGGACAUUACGUACACGUGCAAUAUCUGUAGAAAAAAAGCGAACCACUCGACCUGCUCACGUCCCGUGGUAAAUAUUCUUCGUUGGUUUUCGCGUCGUUUACGCUAGAUUAUUUGCAAAUAAAGAAACAGAAAUACAAAUUUUACGUAUAACGUGUGUAAUAGUUACAUGUAACAAUUAGGGUGAAAUCAUCGAGAAAUCAUGUCAUAUUAUAUUUAUUUAAAAUACGCGCGAGAUCACAUCCCCUCUAUAAUCCCCACAUCUCAUCGUUACCUUUCACAACACAUUGGAGAUGUAAGAGAGAACAUUAAUGAAAGCUAUUUUAAAAACACAUACUGUAAAUAGAAAUACGUAGAGCGCGUGUGUACAGAAACUAUUUUUCAUUAUUAAACGCACAGCUCUGGGAGCGCGCAAAAAACACAAAUGUUGUUGUUUUAACGAAGGAAUGUUUUACGUGAAAAAUAUUAUUUUGAAAUUAAAUUAAGUCAGAAAACGCGAUAAUAAUCAUUAAAAAAAUAUAACGGCAAAAAUAAAAAUUCUGCAUUAAACCUUUUGCGGUAGAGAUAUAAACGUAUUUUCCGAAACAUUAAAAAUUACUCUAACAAAGCUACAUAUACACUUCGAAUUUAUUACAUCGCUCAGCGUGUUUUAUUAAUAAUUUAUACACACAUAUGUAUCUCAAUAUUUUUAUAUUUGAUUAUAUAAUUGAAUAUUAUAUAAUCGAUAUGUUCAUUUUAAUUUUACGUUAUUUAUGUAUUCGACAAUGAUUAUGUAUAUUGUAAAUAAAUAUAUGUACCAACUAUAAAUAAAUUAUAAUUAGUGUACGUUAAGAGAGUUCUUGAUUGAAAUUUAGUUUAGAAUUUAUAGUUUAAUUGGAUUGACGUAACAAUAUAUAUAUAUAUAAUCGGAGAAAUCGUAAAGAAAUUAAAAUACUACACACUAUUUAUGAAAUAACCAUAAAGGAGAGAGAGAGAGAGAGAGAGAAGAGAGAGAGUUAAUAAGGAAAUAACGUCACUUUAAACAUCAUAUACAAUCAUUUGAUUUAAUAAUUUGCUCAAUAUCCUUUCAACACUAUAUUUGAGUUACGGCAAAUGAUUACAUGUAUUUAAUAUAUUAUAAUCGUGAACAAGUAAAAUACUAUUUCGCGAAAUAGCAACGCAAACUCCGAAACUCUAAAGUACUAGAGAUCUCUCUUUGAAAAUUCUAAAGAGACAUACACACUGGAGGAUUGGCGAAGUGUACUUCUCUUACGGUUGUAGUAACUACUCUCAAAUUUUCUUGCGACGGAUUGUGCAACAUUGACUCUUCUUUUUUUUUUACUUUCAUUCCAAAUGUAUUCGCAAAUCAGAAUCAUUUUUUAUUCUAACAAAGCGGCGUUUGCGUAUAUGGCAAAGGAUGGUAAAUGUAGCACAAUUUGUACUCACAAUUUCGUAUGUACUGUACAAUUCAUUGUUUUUUCCCAAUCGCUAUACGACGAACUAGCAUUCUACAAUCUCGACAUAAUUAUCGAUGUUAUAAUUAUAGCAAAAACGAGACAGUAUUUUACCCGUCUCGAUAUAUUUCUUAGUAGUAAUUUUUCUCUGAUCAUCAACUUCCUUCGCCGAUUACAUAUGUGUGUUCGUGUAUGUAUGUAUGUAUGUAUGACUGUGUGUGUGUGUAAAACCUACGAAUACUUUUUACUUCGACGAUAUCUAAUUUAGAAUUAUGCACAGGCCAUACAUUUCACAUGUAUAUAUACCGACUAUAUGCGUACUUACUUCACACGCAUAUGUGUGUGUCUGUGUGUGUUUCUAUACACACAUCUAUAACGGGUAUUCAUAUAUAUAUAUAUAUAUACAUAUAUAUAUAUAUAUAUAUGCAUACACGUCAGCUGAAGUUUUGUGUAUAUCGUAAAACUCCGUAUGUAUAAUUGACAGUUAAAAGUUGUUGUUUUAUAUAGUAACUCGAGGUACAGUUCACAUAUAUGUACAAUAGUAUUAAACUAUAAAAACAAAAAACAAUAUAUAUAUAUAUAUAGGCACGCUAAAGUAUACUUUUUUAUGUACAUGCACGCGCAUCUGCUGCGCCGAGUGAGCAAAACCAUGGACGUCGUGGUUACGUUCUCGUUUACUCUCUUUAUCGUGGCAAUCGCACGUUGCCAAGCUAAAGGACUCACGCGUUUGCGACUCUAAGUUAUUUACUAAGCGCGUAUAUUAUCGCGCAAAUAAUUUUUUUCCGCGUCGCGAUAAGCCGCUUUGUUGCACAAUAAAGAAAAGAGCACACUCUUCAAGAGUGAAACAUUGAUAAAAAUAUGGAAGAAACGUUGAUAUAUCUUUUCUAGCGCGCGAUGAGACUCGAAAUAAUAAUAAGAAUUUUUUUUUCUUUUUUUGACUCUUUGAGGGAAAUAUGUUUAAUUGCCGUUGGGCCUGUCGGGAGAAAGCGAAGAUUCGCGUCGAUCCACCCGUCGAUCUGCAACGCGAUAACUUGUUUUCAGGUGAAACAGCGUGUGAAAAUCUGCCACGUCAUCGCGCAUGUGUCGAUGCACAUUUACAAUUUGCUCGAUAACAAGCAAACUAACUAAUCGCGAUCGAAACUGAACGCCUAGAAGGUACAUUAUUUAUUUGACGCGAAAGUUGGAACAUUAAUCGUUCUUUAAAAGUUCUCUCGUCUCCGUGUUUCGGUUUUCUUUUUUUCUUUUUUUUUUUUUUGCGUCUUUUACACGAAAGAAUCAUUAAUAUUCUGAGAGAGAACGAAGAGACAAAAGAGCGAACCGAGCCAACGUGUGAAACGCGAAACUUAAAAGGCACCUUUAUGUUGCCUCGGAAGAUUAAUUAGUUACAAGCGGAAUAAUAGAGCAUUUAUUUAAGAGAUGGCUAAGUUAUGGCUAUUAUAUAUAUAUAUAUAUAUACCCAAGGGAACGAGUAUAGCGUUUCAACAUUCAAUUAUAUCUUAUAUCAGAGAGUUUAUUUUAGAUCUAUCGCGAAAACUGGCUAGUGUACGUGUACGUGUGUGUGUGUCUGUAUGAAUUUUUUAUUUUAAUAAUAUUUCUCUGUGUGUGGUUUUAUACAAAACAUUAAAAAAAGAAAUGAAUUUCAAUUUUGAUAUUUUGAAGAAUGUAAAGUUUAUUUCUCAACAUUUAUUUUUUUUUUGUUAUCUUGGAAUAAUUCGCUGCGAUUCUUUCGUACAUAGAAAUUUUUUGGCAGAACGAAAACAAAAACAUCGAUGAAUUUUUCACACAAUUUCCGGACGUAUCUAUUAUAUUUCGCAUGUGUGUAUACACCUUUGUGAAAUAAAAAUAUGUAUUUUUUGGCUUUAAGCUUUUUAUCCGUUGCUCACGGUCGUACAAUCGCAUCGGCGGGAAUAUUUUAUCAAUUUAAUUGCUCGUGUAUCGCUGAAAAAAAAAAAAGAAGAGCAACAGUGGCUUAACCAGUUGACAAUUGAAUUUCGAAUAUUUUAGCGAAAGAAAGAAAGAGAAGAGAGAGCAAGCGCGUGAACGAUCUCGCACGAUGCACACUUUGUAUUUCGGCAUCAUUGCUCUGAAAGAAGUUCAGAAAUGAAUAAUCGAGUACGAUUAAUUUUUUAAACAGCGCGCAUUCUAGUGCGAUCCCGAAUAAAAAUUCUAGUCAAAAACCGGUCUGUGCGGUUACGCCACUGUGUGUGUAUGUGUGUGUGUGUACAACACGCGCAUACGUGCGUGUUUCGAGUAUAUUUUUCGUAAAAAUAUAAAAAAGACAGCAUCUUUGAGAAUAAACGCACGAGUUUGGUUUGAAAACAUACCAUAGAAAAGGAGAAGUUAUACAGUACGCCUCGUGUGUGUAUAAAUACGCAUAUAUGUAUACAUGUACGAUUUAUGGAAAUAUUCCGUUUACGAUAAACCUUGAUUUUUUUUUUUAUUUUAGACAGUGGUACAUGUUUAAUGAUAGCUCAAGCUGAUAUUGAUAUUUUUCUAUCUAAACGCCUAUUAGCGCGAUUAACCGAUCGGCCUGUGUGUGCCGGACCGCAACAAAUUUUCUCGCGCGCGCAUUAAUCUUUGUUAUACCCUAGGAAAACUCGCGAGUCAUGAAAGUCAUGACUCGGCGCACACAACACCGCGGCAAUUAUACACUCCUCCGAUUCAAGCAAAAUAUAUAUACAUAUAUAUAUAUAUAUAAUAUAUAUAUACAUACAUGUAUAUAUUCGAUUCUCUCGUUCUCGCUCGUUGCGGAAUUAUACAUUAACAUAAACGACGUCAUUAUUCAUUAACAUAAACGACGUUAUUAUUUAUUUUGCGAAAUUCUGCGUUACGAAGUUAAUGGAGAAUAUCAAAAUUCUAAAUUUAAAGAAUAUAUUAUUUCGCGCGAAAAAUAACAACCACUGGCGCGGAAAUGUACAUUAAUAUACGGUAAAAAUACGCGACGCGAAAGAUGAAUAAAAUUUAUAUAAUUUUUCAUGCAAAAACAUCGAAACGUUAGAAUUUACACUUUUCAAUCUUUAACGUUUACUACUCUCUGAUGUCGCAGAUUUCAAACUUUUCAAACAAACUAGAAUAUUAAAUUCUCAAAUAAUUAAUUUCCAAAUGUAACGAGUUUCAAAUUUAUUAAAACUAUCAAAUCGAAGUGUGUGUAACUUGUACUUGAUUACUAAUUUACUAAUUCUCUGAUUUAUAACAGUUGCAACAAAUUUUUAUAUAGGUAUCACAUAUUUAUACGUUCGAAUACUCGUAUUUUUUUUUUUUUUUUUAUGUCAUAUAUAUACACCUCCAUUUCUUACACUUUGACAUAUCGCGUAUAGGCUCAUGUUCGCACGAGACGUAUGUGAUAUACGAUCUAAUAGCACCGGCCGGUGUGUGUGGCUACGCUCACAUCAAAGCGAAUCUUUCACUUCGACAACCGCCACUUUUUCAUACGUCACCGCUUCAAUCGUGGUAAUGGCUUUUCUCGUGAAAGGGACCAACCAGAAAACGUGUGUGUGUGUGUGUGUGUGUGUGUGUAUGUGAGGGGGGGCCGAUUGGUUAACGCGAUGUACUUAUAACACUUUCAAGCGGGUCUUCCUAAUGCUACGACCCUUUUUUAGAAUUUCCAUGUGUGGCUUUGAGACGUUGGUCCACUUAGUUUAUAGUACGUUUUAUUAUCACGUUUUUGUAUAAUAUAAUGUACGAUGUGCCGCGCGACAAACGCGCACGAACACGCGCGCGUAUAUCUGAAGUCUAGAGUAACAUCGAUCUCUCGCCGCGAUUCGCAAAUGGAUAAAUAGCAAUGAGGUGGAAGGGGGGAAAGAGGAAUCGAAAAUCGAUGCUUGAAUUAUUCGCGUUUAUUUCCAAAGUGCGAUUGUGCCGACGAAAAUUUUUGAAAAACGUAUAUCAACACGCAAAUUCCGAUUAAGCGAUGUAAUCCGAUACGCGUUAGCAUUAACACGCGGAUUGUAUUUGAACGCAAAAAUUUUCGUUUUAAUAAACACACGCGCGUUUGCCCGGGGCAUAUUCCGUUACAAAUAUCGCAUAACAUAAUCGGCAGGAGAAACGACAGAUUUGCAUUAUUUCUGUCGCAUUUCUAUUGUUAUCCAAAAUUUAACGAAAAUUGAUAUUUUGAGAAAGAAAACAAAACAAAUAUUGCUUACGCCAAUAGCGUAGCAAUUUGCUUGUAUAUUAUCUCGAUGUAAUCAUAUACCGACCGGCUCAAAUGAAGAUAAAUAAAGUUAGAUCGCCGAUCAAUCACAGGCAGGUGUGUGUGUGUGUGUGUGUGUAUGUAUGUAUGUAUGUGGGAAAACAUCGACUUUUCCGAUUCCCCCGCUGAUGGAUGAUACAGACGAAACGCGAGGCGCAUUUUCCCGAGCGAGUGUCGCCGUCGAUAGCGUUCGUUGUUCCCGCUUGAAGUAGAUUCGUCGCUCCUUAAUUCGUGCCAGAAACGUCGGAAGUUCGUUAAUUACGCCUAUCAUGAUCUUUAGGAGAAACGGUCGUUGGUAUAAUACCCGGUCGGGGAAGAGGGGGAGGGAGGGACUUCAUCCUUCUUAUGGAUGUGGAUCUCCGUCGUCCGAGCGUUGCUUUUGUGCGCCCGGGACAGGACGUCAUUAACGAACAGCAAUUACUUUCCGAGAGAGAUAAUGACGCAACGUUGAGCGACGUCGAGCGACGUUCGUCGUUCGCAAAAAAAAAAAAAAAAAAAAA